UCUAUGAUUUCUUAUUAUGCCAAUUGAAUUUUACCGUGUUCCUAAUUGCCAUAGAGCUUUGUAAAGAUGAUGAAUUCAGAGGAAGGGAAAAUCUGAUUGCGUUUGAUGGCAUAUAAUUGGCGCUAACUUACCUCGAGUGUGUGUAUUACUUGGAGUUGGUGAUGUUUAUAUUUGUUAGAAGUGCCGAGGCAUAUGAAGUGUGAAGGUUUUGAUACUCUUCAUGGGGCUCAGUAGUAAGAAGUAGAAACUUGCUCUCUGAGUCUGCAAAGCACAAGUGCUCUGCCUGCACUUGAAGCCAUGCAUUAGCUCCUCAACCACUAGGUUACAAAUUUUGAUUUCGAUCAAAAAGCUAGAAAAGCAAAGGAAAACUAGGAAGGUCUUAGUCACUUGAUCUCAGCACGCCAACCAUAACUCGGAUUAGUAGUUUUGAUUCCCCUGGCUUCUUCACCAUUUUCUCCUUGCUGAGUGAUCAUAACCUUCCCAAUUUUCUCUUUGGUCAGCUUACACCUUUUUCUACUGUAACGGAAUAAAAACAAUAAACUUGAGUGUAAAAGAGUCGUAAAGAGUUCCUUGUUUUAGCUUCACCAGGUGGAAUAGGUUUUUUUUAUUUUUUUUAAUAUUUUUUUUAUGACAGGUGGAAUAGGUUUGGUUGUUUGAAUACUGUGGCUAGUUUUCAGUUUACACCAUUUCAAAAACCGAAUACAAACAAUGAGCUUGAGUCAAAAACAGAGUCGCAAAGAAUGCCUCAUUUUAGCUUCACCUGGUGGAAUAGGGUUGGUUGCCUGAAUAUACUAUGGGUCAAGUUAUUUGCAAAUAUAUUGUAUACAUGACUUGGCCACUGUGUGCUUUUUAUAGCCAUGAGUACAGGAUAAGAUGCAGCAUUUUAGGAAACCCCCGGAAGAAGAUAAACUUAGCUGCUAAGGCACAAAAUCAAACCCAUCUCCCAAACAUCCGUAACCAUUCCAUAAGAAGCCAAGCUUCUUUGUUUUUAAUGAAGUAACUACUCUAAACUGCCUCUUGUCUUUUGCCUGCCAAAGAGAGAAAACUUUUGUCUUUUCCCAAGCUUAGCCAAUUUACAUAACCAACAUGGUCUCCGAUACACCAACAAAGAAUAGUAGGAAGAGUUUCCACCAAGCCUAAGGUACUAUACUAUCAAACCCAAAACACAAACCCAUAAUGGAGAGCUACCAUAGCCAUGCCCUCUUACCAAACCCGUGUGGCUCAAGCCUGGUCCAGAACAUAGAUGCACCACUUCCUCUGGCUUGGUCAAUCCUUCGCCAGUUUGAUAACCCUCAAGCCUACAAGCAGUUCGUAAGGAGCUGCACAAUGCGCGCUGGGGAUGGAGGCAUAGGAAGCAUACGUGAAGUGAUGGUCAGCACUUGUUUACCUGCCAAAACCAGCAUGGAGAGGCUCGACAAGCUUGACGAUGACAAGCAUGUCCUUGAUUUCAGCAUUGUUGGCGGAGAACACAAGCUGGUGAAUUACAGUUCUACUACGACGGUGCAAGAGAAAGCUAGAAAGACUGUUGUGACUCAGUCUUAUGUGGUGGAUGCCCCUGCUGGGAGUAGUAUAGUGGAUGCUUGCUUGUUUGCUAAUACUAUCAUAGAGUGCAACCUCAGGUCACUGGCUAAAGUUACAGAAAGGAUGGCUGCUAAUUGAUUAGUUUGUAGGAUCGAGGGUUUUAUCAGAUAGUUAAGAGGUUUCUGACCUCGUUUAAAUUGUUUCAUAUUUUGAGGUGGCUAUUGUACAGGCUGUGCUGUUGUUGUUGCUUCUUCUUGUUGUAGUUGUAAAUAUGCGAGGCAUCUCGCAGACAUUUU